GGUAACUAUUAUUUGCAACUUUGUUGCCAACUUGCCACUAAUUAUGUUGGCAUGCUGGUUAUGCUAGAGGUCUGCUUGAAUCGGAGGUCAGGCCGCCAUUGACCAUUGUUGUUCAACAUUAGCAAAGAUGAAGCUUCUCCGCUCCUCUCUUUUGUCCAAAAAAACUGUAUUUAAAUACCCAGAAAUUGGUGGCAAUAAUCAGAAUUCAGAAAUCCAGUAUAUCCCUUUUCGAGAUCCUAGACGCCUUACACUCCUUCAUCGGAACUGCAUCUUUAUUCGACCCUGGUGACGUUGAUUUCUGUGUUGUCUAAUGCCGAGCCUCUACGACAAUAAUCUGGACAAGUCCCCAUUAUCUAUGGAGUUGAAUGGCGACGGUGGCCACAAACUGGGGGCGGUUUCUGCACGGGUUGUUCCAUUGAUGGAUGCCGUGGUGAAGGUGUUUUGUGUUCAUUCAAAGCCCAAUUAUUCCCUUCCGUGGCAGAGGAAGAAGCAGCGUAGUUCCUCAAGUAGUGGGUUUGUCAUUGCAGGGAGGAGGAUUUUGACAAAUGCUCAUUCAGUGGCACACUACACUCAGGUUAAGCUCAAGAAGCGGGGCUCUGAUACUAAGUACUUGGCCACUGUACUCGCCGUUGGGACUGAGUGUGAUAUUGCUUUGCUGACGGUCAAAGAUGAUGAAUUCUGGGAAGGUGUUUCACCAGUAGAGUUUGGCGAAUUGCCUGCUCUUCAGGACGCGGUGACUGUUGUGGGGUAUCCAAUAGGAGGAGAUACUAUCUCUGUAACUAGUGGAGUUGUCUCACGCAGGGAGAUCCUCUCGUAUGUACAUGGGUGGUCUGAGCUAUUAGGCUUGCAGGUGGAUGCUGCAAUAAACUCUGGAAACUCUGGUGGUCCAGCCUUCAACGACGAAGGCAAUUGCGUAGGCAUUGCAUUUCAGUCAAUGAAACAGGAAGAUGCGGAAAAUAUUGGUUAUGUUAUUCCUACACCUGUCAUCAUGCACUUUAUUCAAGAUUACGAGAGGAAUGGAGCAUAUACUGGGUUCCCAAUUCUUGGGUUUGAGUGGCAAAAGAUGGAGAAUCCUGACUUGCGUGUAGCAAUGGGAAUGAAAUCUGAUCAAAAGGGUAUACUUGUUACACGAGUUGAAGCUACUGCUCCUGAAUCCAAGGUUUUGGAGUCAUCAGAUGUUAUCCUGAGCUUUGAUGGGGUUGAUAUUGGAAAUGAUGGAACAGUUCCUUUCAGGCAUGGAGAGCGUAUAGGUUUUACUUACCUUUUAUCCCAGAAGUAUACUGGAGAUAAUGCCAAAAUUAAGGUACUUCGGAAUUUGGUGAUGCACGAAUUCAACAUCAAACUUGAUACUCACAAGAAGCUCAUUCCAGCGUGUACUGAGGAUGGACCUCCAUCAUAUUACAUACUCGCAGGAUUUGUUUUUACUGUUGCCUCAGUCCCAUAUCUCCAAUCAGAGUAUCCAGACCCUUCGGAUGUUCCUGUUGAGCUUCUGCACAAACUUCAGCAUUCAAUGGCACAAUCAAAAGAUGAAGAGCUUCUUGUUAUAUCUCAGGUUCUUGUAGCUGACAUCAACAUCGGAUAUGAACAUCUUGCUAAUGUUCAGGUUCUUGCUGUCAACGGCAACCCCGUGAACAACUUAAAAAGCUUAGCAAGUAUGGUGGAGUCCUGCAACAAUGAAUUUUUGAAGUUCGAUCUAGAAUUCAACAAGGUAGUCAUUCUUCGAACAGAGACUGCUAAAGCUGCUACUGCAGAUAUUCUGGCUACACACUGCAUACCUUCUGCAAUGUCUGACGAUCUUAAAUCAUUCACUGAAGUUUGAAGCUCCGAUUUCCUGUUACAGACUUACAGUUGUAUACUUCUUCACCUACUCUUGUUGUCACACAAUACUAUAGUCUGCUAGAAAUCUGUUUAUACUCUAUAAGCAAACGAGUCAAUCACAGUUCACAAGUGUAUUCAAUAAAUUUAUUGUACAAAAGUUAGUUAAUUUACCAUUUCUGAGAGUGAAUCUUUAUUAUUUGUAACUUAAACCGAUUGUUCAGUGAAAGAAUUAUCCUUUGUUUCA